CUUGGCGGUGGUCUCAGUUCCAGUGGCCCAUCGAGUGCCAGUUUCGGAGGUAGCUUAAGUGGCCCUGUCGGAUUCGGUUUCGGAAGCUCCAGUGGGCCUGGAUUCCAUGGCGGCUUUAGUUCUUCCACCUCUGGUAGACCCGGUGCAGCUGGUGCUGGUGCUGGAGCUGGAGUAGCAGGUUCCGGACGUCCCCAAGGCCAUGGAUUUAGCGGUUUCUACGGAGCUGGUUUCCCAGGAGGCUUCACUGGAUAUUAUCCCGUAGGUGGUUACUAUGGAGGACUCCCCUAUGGAUUCGAUUAUGGUGAUGGCUUCGGCUACGGAGGCUACGGCGGUGGACUGGAUGGUGGAUUCGGCGGCGCCUAUGGCUACGGUUAUCCAGGUUACGCUUGGGGCCCUGGUUUCGGCGGCAACUGGGGCUGGGGUUAUGGCAGCGGUGCCGGAAGCUCAGGCAGCCAGAGAAGCGUCCGUUCUGGAAGCCGAGGCAGCAGCGCUGGAGCCAGUGGGGCCGGCGCCGCUACGUCUUCCUCUAGCUCUUCCUCCAGUUCCAACAGCCAGUAAACAGCGAACUUCGCCGUUGCUCGGGCUUCUUACAUCAACGUGACCCAUGAUGCGACCCCGGCCUUAUCGAAAGUCCUGUCAGAAGAUUCUCCCUCAGUAGAGUGAACCAAGAAAAUUUUCGACAGUCUUUCGCAGCCUUUGAGAAUAAAGAUACGUAGCAUAUCAAAA